CGUAAGAAACUUCACCAGUUUAUUGGGCGUAACGCUGAUGUGCUAUUCAAGCUUGGAGAUGGAGAGGCAAGAUCCAAAGCAGAAAAGUGUGAUCGAUACGAAGCAGGUGAGACAGUCUAUUUUAUCCCUGAGAUUGUGUUGUUUGAGGCAGAAUAGGUGCCCAAUCUGAAAUCAUGUCUUUGUCUUGUUUUGUUCAGCUACAGGAUGACAGGUAUUGCAACAGAUGGUGAUCCUGUUGAUUCUAAAGUGUGCUUGAAGACUAUCUAAUUCUAGAAUAGGCGGAGUGUAAACACGAUGUAGAAGAAUGACUGUCAUUGACCAUCAGUGGUUGUGUUCAUUAUAAAGGGUGAUGCCAGGGCUCCCCUUGAGUAGCAGUAGCUGCUAAUAGUGAUAACUUUGAGUUGACUCGAUUGGUUUUGUGGCGUCACAAAGUUUGAUGGUUGACCGGUGAAGUUUUGUUUCUCAACUCUGUGCAUGGCUGCCGAGUUGCAGAAUAAUUUUCAAAAAGCUGUUCUUGCCAGGUAAGUAAUAUCAUGUUAUUUUCAAAGGUAAGAGUAUGAUGUUGAUACUAUUCAUUUUCCGCAAUUUCUGCUGAAGUGUGUUAUUUAUAAAGGCCUACUAUUUCCUUUUCAUCAAGUUGGCAGUUUUGACCUUGGAAUCCUUUCCAAUCCUGGUAAUGUUAUGUACCGUAAUGUUAGAAAGAGUAGAAUCCACACUAGUUAAUUUGGUUAAAACCAGUACUGUAUGCAGAGCAAUUAGUGGCGUCAGUACCACUGCCAAACAACUUUUAAUUGGAAUAGGCAUUAUCUACUUGCCAGCGGUACAGCAUCUGAGGAUGUACGAAAGGUGUCAAAUUUAGGUUAAGAAAAACAUCAGUUACAAAAGUAGGGAUAUCACUAUCAGUCAGUUAGUUUAGUUUGAGAAAGUCAAUCUCUAACCAGUCGAUUUCUCAUGGUGCCUUAGUCACACCAUAAACGUUGAAUGCAUCAAUUCAAAAUCGGAUAUUUUACUAGUAGCCUCGCAGUGACCUGUAUCCUUCCACGGAACAUCUAUACAUGUAGUUCCAAUUGAUCUGAACAUUCAGCUUUCCUUUUCGAUUGGCCAUGGAAGCUUGAUUGUACAUAGCAGGUCGUCACUUUUUCCCUAGAUGAGUAGAAAUGUGUAUUCUUGAUGUACAGGUUUUUCGAACAGAUACAGGUGAGUGAAAGUAUGGCUUUAUCAAAGCUGACUUACAGGUAUAAAGGGUAAGUGACUUGUUUUGAUCAUUAUUGUGGUGUAUGUUAAUUGCUGGUUGUAUAGUGCUACAUGUAAAUUAGAAUUUCCCUACGUGUAGGAUGUACUCUAUAUGAGAUGUUAUUUUGAAAAUCAGGAUUCAGAAUAAAAGCAGCAUUGGCUGUUUCUGAAUAAAAAUGGUAGGAUCGCCCCCAAACUUGCCAAAGAUGAGUUGUGCAUGAUUUUUUCUCUUGUUUGGGUGAUGCCGUAGGCCCGUUGACUGUCCUAGUUUCAUCUAAUUUCGAUGGGACGAUGCAUAAAUUGCACUGUACUCGGGUUAAAAACCCACUGCUGCCAGUUUCAGGCUUGUUGCUCCCCUUGACUAAUCAGUUGUACAAUAUCAUAUGCAGUAUAAUUAUUGGCUAUUGAAGGGACAACUUGGGCAUGAGAUAGUUUAGUUUUUCAUGCGAAAAUAGUUUCCAGCAGGCCUGUGACUUCUCCAUGCAAGAACAUUGAAAAAACACUAAACUGUUAGAAACAGAGGAGGUCUUAGUAUGUCUUAUGUGCAAUUUUGGGUCAAUUUCUUAAUAUUUCCUUUCAGGUUCAAAGAAGAACCCCGAGUGUUUGAAAACACCCAAGCUGUUGCCAGCAUUGAAGAAUUCAUGAGUCAUCAUUGAACAGUCGGAAUUUAGUUUUGUCGCUGGGUGUUUUUACAGAGCUCCUGAGAUGCAAGCCUAUUGGUCAACGAGAUGAUUGCAAGAAGAUUUAGGCUUGAAUGGCAGUUGAUGACCACCUCUGCUGACUGAAAAAACACACUUGCUGAAGUAAUGAUCAAGUUGUCACCUCAAGAUAACUAUGGAAGGAUAUACGCUAGCCAAAACCAAUAACAUCACAGAAAGAAAUUCAGAAGUUAUUGGCUAACGUGUUGAUGUCUAUGGAAACAUUCCGAACUAUCAACAGAAUUACACAUGAAGAUGGUAAACUCAUAGAUGCACAGAUAAUACACAGCAGAUGAUGAUUAUGUGGAGCUCAAGGCGUCAGUGCUGGUAGAAGAAAAUAAGACAUGUUGGUCGCUGCUUUACAUGCUAAAGAAGAAGAGAUUCAGACUGCAAAUAAAUGGUCGAUCAGCAGACGCUGGAUGGAUGUGAUAAAGUGUGAGCCCUGUCCCACUUGAGCUGCCUUAUUUCGAAGGAGUGUGCAUUUGCGUCAUUGGUGAUGAAGCAGUUGUCAGGACAACUCCUUAGUGUUUGUUUACAGGUUUAAGAGGUGCAGCGGAAAUUGAUACAGGUGAUAAUCUGCUGCCAUUAGUGGAACAUCGAGGAAGUAACAUGACCUGUGACAAAGUGCUGUCCAUUGCAAGGCUGCGUAUAAAUAAUGUUCAGUUUUAGAAUAUUUGUAUGCAGUCAUGCCGCCGCUUGAAGCAUUCAUGGACGUUCAAGGUGCAGCGCGCCGUCGUCAUUUCUACAAGAGUGUUGCCAAAGGUGACACGGUCAUCGCGACAGUCGCGUCGGUGCAGGAGAGCGGUGUGAUGCUGAUGCUAAUGUGUCUUGACUACGGAAAUGCAAGACAUCUAUCAAGCCUGAGGAUAACUGCAUUCUGUCCGUUGAAAGAGUUGCCACGUAAGCGUGCACAUGAAGACCCAUUGGAUAAUCUGAAAAUUAAAGACAAAGUGAGAGCCGUGAUCACUUCAGUAAAUGUCGAGGGUGAGAAAUUGACAGCCUCAAUGCUACCUUGGGCCGUGCCAGAAGAUAUUGAGGACAUCAGGCUUGGUCCCAUUACUGAUGAAGAGAUGCCUAUCAAUUAUGUGAAGGCGAAAGAAAUUGAUGGCCAGACUUACGCGAUGAUGAUGGAGACUAACGCAGCCUUUCAAAAUAGCAACAUGGAGAGUUUGAUGAGCAAGUUCCUCAUUGAAGACGAGUGUCCACCGUCAUUUAUGAUUAGCCUCAAGAACCUCCAUAUUCCAAAGCAUGAAUAUGCUGAAGAAUUGAGAAAGAUGCAGUCAUACAAAUGGUCUCUGAGAAGUGUUGCAGAAGGUGUAUCGCAUUUCAAAGCUGGCCGUUUCACAGAGGCAAUGCAACAUUUGAACAAGGCUCUACAGAUCGAUCCUGAGAAUGUUGAGGCUCUGGUUGCAAGGGGUGCACUGUAUGCAAAUAACGAGAGCUAUCUCCGUGCCAUAGAGGACUUUGAACGAUCGCUGGAACUCAAUCCAAUGCAUGCCAAUGCCAGAAAGUACAUCUGCCAGACAUUGGUGGCCUAUGGGCGCAGUUUACAGGAACAGAAGAAGUACCGUGAUGCCAUGGCUUUCUACAAGCGGGCGCUCUCAAUCAACACUGAGUUUCUGGAAGCAAAGGAGUGUAUUGCUGAACUUGACAUACAGUCAACAGAUGAACCUGAAGAUGAUGUGAAUUACAUGGAUCUGGGUUAUAUUCACAAGAGUUCUGAGAGUCCUGAGAGAGAGGAAGAAGCGAAGGGUUCGGGUCUUGAGAAAACAACUGAGACGCUGAAGCGAUUGAUUGAGGAAGAUGAAAAGGGCACCAGGAAGAAAAGGCGUUCCAAGAGGGCCGAUUCACCUCACAGUGGAGGUUCACCUGUGAAGUCCCGUCGUAAAGAAGACCAUAAAACGAAUCCAGAAAAUAGUGGUCAGCUGUAUGGUAGAAAUUCAUAUGAAGCUGAAAGCGACAUGCCUCCCUGGAAAGAUGGGACAUCCUCCUUGCAAGAUGAUCCAUAUUUCCCAGAUAAACCUGCAACUUCAUUCAUGAAUGUUCCACUGCAUGAAGUUCCACUCCCUGAUCGAAAUAAUAAAAAUUCAGACUCUCACCAUCGUUCAAGUGAGAGAGAAAAAUCUAGGGAAAGAUAUGGUUCCAGGUCACCUCAUAGAUAUGAUUACAGGUCUCCUCAAAGGAGCCGACGAUCUACUGAAAGGUCCACACAAAUGUCACAUCGUAGGUCAUCCCCAAAGUCUAAACACCUGUCCCCUCCUAUGUCAAAUCGCCAGUCGCCCCCAAGAAGGUCAAGUUACGAACCUUCGCAGAGCUUGUAUGACCAUUCACCUCGGAGGUCAAACCAUAGAUCUUCACAAGGAUCGCUUGGCCAGUCUCCAAGGUCAAGACAGUUUUCACCUCAAAGUCGGCAAACUGGUUAUGGAUCACCAUCACCUCCACGAGGGAGAUACGACCCAGGGUCUCCGGCUCAUAAUUCAUCACAAAGAAUACCAGGGCUGGAUUCUCCCGAGUUGGAAAUACCACGUUCACCACACUUUGCAAGGGAAAAGGACCGUCCAGAUCAAUAUUUGGGAUAUCCGCAAGAAGACAGGAGAUUGCCUCCAUCUGAUAACAGGAGUUCUGAAUAUGCAAGAUAUGAAUCUGUCGAGGAAAAGCAAUAUCAUUCGGAAGAUAAUAGUAAUGCAUUUCAAGAAGGAUACAAGAAAUCUGCUUCUGACAAUGAGAGACGACAACGUAAUUAUUUUGAUGCUGAGAAAACAGAUAGAUUGGACCGAGAGGAAAGGGAUGACAGAGAAUCGAAACAACUUGACUUCCAGAGGGCGCUGUCAAAAGAUAAUCGCCAGACCCUCCCAGCAAGGGAUGAACCUGAAAAGGAAUUGACCGAAGAUCAUGAUGAGAAGGAUGUUCCAACUAAUUCUGAGGCAAGCGGUCUGGUUGCUUAUUCACGGUCACCAACACCAGAGAGAGGAGGCAGUCCCAAAUUGCGUUCCCGGAGUUACUCUCGCAGAGACAGUGAUCGAUACUCUCGGGAUCAGCGGUCCAAGCAUGAGCAGUUCAGGAACCGUGAUGACGGCAGGUCAAGAUAUGAAUCACGCCCAGGUAGUCAUCGGGAUGAGGACCACAGAUACAAAAGCAAAGAUGAUUAUAGGACGAGAGAUAGUCACAGGUCACAAGAAUGGGAUCAUCGGGGAUCACACGAGAGAGGUGUUGAUAGUUCAAGGGAGCAGAGCGGACACAGGUCAGGAGAUCGUGGUGAUUGGAGGGAAAAAAGGGAAGAAGAUAGACGCCGCGUGCGUAAGCCAGAAUUUGAGAGCCACAAACCAUUUGACAAAGAAUAUUUUCAGUCGCAGAAAAGAGAUGAUCGCAGGUCACGUGAAAGAGAUGGUCGCAGGUCGCGUGAAAGGGAUGAUCGCAGAUCAGAUGGAAGAGAUGGUCGCGGGCCACUUGAAAGAGAUGAUCGCAGGUCAGAUGGAAGAGAUGAAAACAGGCUGCUUGAAAGAAGUGAUCACAAGUCACGCGAAAGAUAUGAUCGCAGGUCACAUGAAAGAGAUGGUCGCAGGUCACGUGAAAGAGAUGGUCGCAGGUCGCGUGAAAGAGAUAGUCGCAGGUUUACUGCAGACCAUGAUCGCAGGUCACAUGAAAGAGAUGAUCACAGGUCAUUUGAAAAGGACCAGCACAGGCCUAAUGAGCAAGAUGGCAGAAGUUCCAGAGAAAGAGAGUCCAGGUACCACGGAUAUAAAAAUGAUAGGUCAUAUGAAGGUGAUUCUGGCUAUCGCUCAAGGGGGGAUAAUCGUCCUGAUGGUGACAGAGGACAUGAAGAAAAAGAUAUGCCUGACAAAGAAGUUUUAUAUGGCAAGUGGGAGAAGCCUCGCGUUAGCCGUUUUGAUUCGGAAUCCAUGCUUCCACCAAUGAAAAAUAUUUGCCAGGAGAAAAGAGAUGAUGAUGAUAGUAAAAAGAAGAUUCUGAUGCAUGAUACAAGCAAAAGUAGCAUUGCUCAUGUUGCUGGCAGUAAGGAGAGUUUUAUAAAUGAUAUGUACAAGUAUGUAAAGGAAGAGGUGAAAACAUCGUGUCAAUUGGUCAGAAAUAAAGAUGAGUUUUCUGUUCAGCAUGCAGAAUUUGUGAAAACAGGCUGGCAAGAAGCCGACACAGUCUCCACCCAAAAGAAAUUCUCUGAUGAUUUGAAGGUUAAAAUUGCAUUCGAUGGCAGUCUGGGUUCUCGUAGGGUGGUUAAGGAUGAGGUACCACCAAUUGUUAAGACAGAGAACGUUGAAGUUGAGCCAACUCCAGAUGACCAGGAUGAGGAAGCGGAGUCAGUUGCACCUAUUCUGGACUUUGAUGAAUUACAGAAGAAACUUCAGCAGUAUUGGAAGACCGACGUUGGUGAAGUAAAGCCACUGGAAGACGUGAAGAUCCCCAGCAGAAAAACCCCAGUUCAAGAAUCUGAGCCUUCACUAAGAAACCGUGGGCCACCUGAAGAAUUUGUAGAGGACUUGAUUAAACCUGAAACAACAUAUCGUAAACGUAAGCUUAGCAGUGGGAGUUCCUCUAGCAGUAGCAGUUUAACCUCUGUCAGUAAUAGCAGCGGGUCAAGGUCACGUAGUAGAUCAAAGUCAUGCAGCAGAUCUCGGUCACACAGGCGGUCGACAUCACGCAGUCAGUUGAGGAGAGAAACAUACAGGCCAUCUAGCAAUAGAAGGUCGCACAGUGGAUCCAGGCAGGGAGGGAGUUCAAGGCAUAAAUCUCAUUCAAGGAGCCACUCGCGCAAUUACAGCCGGUCAAGAUCUCGUGGUGGCAGGUCUCGUUCCAGAAGUGGUUCACGGAGGAGGCACUCUUCUUAUCACAAAUAUUCUAGAAGUCGUUCCAAGCAUCAGGGAUACUCUUCCAGGCAUAGUAGGUCACGAUCCCGGGGACAUUCUAGGCAAAGAAGGUACAGCAGGUCAGGAAGUCGCUCAAGGAGAACUCAUGACAGGGGUGAUCAUGCUAAAUUCUAUAGUCAUCCAAGAGAUUUUCAACACAAUUAUGGUCCUAGUAACCAUCCUAAGGCAGUUAGAGGACGCAAUACAUUUAGGCCCCCUCGUUCAGCAUCAAGAAGAUCUCACGAUAGAGAUGAGAGCCAGUCAAAAUACCGAUGGUGGUCUCCUUCCAAGUCCAAAAUUGCCAGAGAUGAAGCAUAUGUAAAACCCAGAGAAGAGAUGAAAAAUGAAAGUGACAAGCCACUCACUGACACUAAGGAUAAGCAGAAUAUCUCAAGCUCCACUAUAAAGCCACCUGCAUAUGAGGUAAAACCUGUAAUUGAUGUUCCACUGAAGGAAAAAGAAAAGACUACUCCAGUGAAGAGUUCUGCUGUAUUCUCUAAAGAUAAUAUUUUUGAAUCCGAGUCGGCCGAUGUCAAAGGACAUGACAAAAUUACUUUUUCUAUCAAAGCCACACCAGCACCAGUACCAAAGUCAGUUGUGAAACCUGCUGAGACACGCAACUCCCUUCUCGAAAUGGAGAAGUUUCUUCAGAACCUUAAAGAAAAGAAAAAGGAGGAAUUGACAGAGAAGUUUAAAUUUCAGUUGAAGAAGAAGCCAGAUAAUACUGUUUGGUAAUUAGUAGGAUGACCUAUGUGUGAAAGUAAAUGUAGGGUGCCUGUGUGGGAAAGCAGGCCUUCACACAGGGGGUGGUCCGAGGAAGGCGUUGUAGUUAAAGGGUGAUACGCUCUUUUUUGUGAUGGAUCGUAACAUUCUGUUUUUAAAUGCUUUGUAGAUUGGUGUUCCAUUAAUCAUGUUUAUAUAUGCUUUAAGUAUUGAAGUUCAGCUGAGGGUUUGCCAUUUUGCAUUUUAGAAUGAGCUCUCACUGUGGCUAAACAUGGUAGAGAAGAUGGUGUUGUCAUGAGUAUGAUUUAGAUUUGGAAUUGGAUUGAAGUUUGAUGUGCAUGGGAUGUUUAUGUCAACAUGACGCACCCUGGAGAUGCUUAGAAUCAUGAGCAGGUGUUGUCGGUUAAUUGACAAAAGUCAUAAAUCAAUACGGCAGCUGAAUCAAGCUGGAGUCAAAAAGGAUCUCUGCUUCAAAUUGGACAUAAAGCUUUGGUGUACUGUAUAAUAUAGAACUCGAUGUGCUUCUGUAUAAAGCUGUUGACCAUUACAUCAUUGUUGGUUCAAUUGUCAGACAAUUGUAUGGUGGACCAAUAAGUGAGCAAUUAUUCACCAGUAUUUUUAAUCAAUAAUUGUAAACCCCUUUAUUUGUGUGAGUCCCACAUAGCGUGCAUAUAGGGGUAAAAUUGGGAAUGCCACAAGGGGCACUUAUCAAAUAGACAUUGAAAAAUCCAGUUGACUGUUUUACAGAAAUUAGUGGAUGUUAAAUCAGGAAAGCCUAUUCUGUUGCUUGGAAUAUAUUUCGGUAAUCGAUAAUUCUGCAGUCCUUUUCCCGCAAAACUCCUAAGUGGCCCAAAGAAUUACAUUGCAAAUUUUUCCUAACAGCAUAGGUUUUUAAUCUAGCCGAUGCAGGUAGAAUCAUGUUCGUCACAUGCUUCUGUAGAUAUCAUCUCCGCAAUGUUACCCUCAGAUCAAGGAUUUUUUAAUAAAAACCAAUGU